GAAGCCCACUGCAAGGAGGAAAACUUGGAUGAUUCUCAGGGUGUAAAUUGCUGCGUGUCACGGUGGGAGAAAUAAAAGUGGGAAGUGAUGAACAAUAGAGCGGGCUGUUUCCGGGAGGCGCCAGAAUUCCCGAACAACUUUCGUGCUCUUUCUUGUGCAUACCGAUAGUCAGCCAAACACACAGCUCGUUGUUGCUGCACACAGACCGCUCGGUUCACACUAGCUGCAGGCUUUGUGUUAUAUGAGAGUUUUAGGCGAGAACACCGAAGAGGGAGAAUCAAACUGCCGGCGUCCUGUUGUCAAAUGAUUUGCAUACGGACUUCCGCCCCCCUGAAUUUAGUUUCUGCAUCAACUAGCAAAGGCAGUGGGCAGACCUGAGCCCUCAUUUCAGGCGCAGUCAUGCGGACUUGACAUUUAAACUCGGUUAAUAUUUGGACAUGAACGGCACACACGUGUAUUUCGGAUGGUCCCGAUGGAUUUGGAUUAAACGGCACACUGGGAUCUGACACUUGCAUUUUGAGAAACGUUUACUAUGCUGGAUAUCUGCCGGCUCUUGUGGAUGUACCGCGACUGUUUGCGGUUACUUCCCGUGUAGAAUUAGGGUAUUGCAUUGGACCCAGUUGGGUAUUUUGUAGCAGGAAAAUGCAUCUCCUUGGGGCUAUGACUUAAAACGGGGAUUCCUCGUCAGUUUGCACUCAUCUGUUUGGAUCCUAAAGUAGGAUACAGCCAGAUCCUCCAACCCUGUCUGGUAUCUGAUGUCUGAAUGCUCUGAUGUCUAUUUCAAUGUGUCAUAUUAGAAGAGUUGACCAUCUCUUUUGGAUGGAGUUUAACCUCGCGAUCUUCUUUUGACGUCUUGGACAGCGUGGAUGCAUUUUAGAUCGUUUUUUAGGUUGGAUUACUUCUUUUUUGGAUACAUUUUUUACAGGUUGGAUCUUCUCGUUUAUUUCGGCUUUUGCACACCAUGACUUUCUUGUCCGGGGCAGCGGUUCUGUUGCUGCGUGGACUCGUCAUCUCUGCGGUAUUGGGCUUAGAGAGUUCAUACACGAGUCAACUGUCGAACCGAGUCACUCCUGAUCCAGCAACAGCAGCUGUUGCUCCUACAGACCCAUGUUUGACAGUCAUCCCUCCGUGUAUGAACGAAGCCGACCGCUUCAGUUUAGAGGCACUUCGGCACAUUCACAAGCAGCUAGACGACGACAACGAUGGAGGAAUUGAAGUGAAUGAGAGUGUGGAGUUUAUAAUAGAGGACAUGAAACAGCAGCAGACCAAUAAACACAGUAAUCUUCACAGAGAGGACCAGCACAUCACGGUGGAGGAGCUGUGGAGGGGCUGGAAAAUAUCAGAAGUGCACAACUGGACACUGGAGGAUGCAAUUCAGUGGCUGAAGGAGUCAGUGGAGCUUCCUCAGUAUGAAAGAAACUUCAGAGAGUUUAAAGUAGAUGGCAACACGUUACCUCGAAUAGCGGCCAAUGAACCGUCGUUUAUGUCAAUGCAGCUAAAGAUAUUAGACCAACGACAUAAACAGAAAUUAAAUCUAAAAGCAUUGGACGCAGUGCUUUUUGGACCUCCACUACGUCCACACCAUCACUGGCUGAAGGACUUUAUUUUGAUGAUUUCAAUCAUCAUUGGUGUUGGGGGCUGCUGGUUUGCAUACAUACAGAACAAAUCGUCUAAAGUUCACAUCUCCCAGAUGAUGAAAGAUUUGGAGAGUCUACAGCAUGCUGAGCUGAGCCUGAUAGAGCUACAGAGCCGGUUGGAAAAGGCUCAGGAGGAGAACCGGACAGUGGCCGUGGAGAAGCAAAACCUGGAGCAGAAGAUGCGUGACGAGAUCAACGGAGCAAAGAGAGAAGCUAGCAGACUGCGAGAGCUGCGAGAGGGGGCUGAAUGUGAACUCAGCAGACUCAAGUACGCAGAGGAGGAACUAGUGCAGGUGCGAAUGGCGCUAAAGAGAGCAGAGAAGGAGAUGCAGUCAGAUUGGUCGGUGCCUGAAGCCCUGCAGAUGUGGCUACAGCUCACACAUGAGGUGGAAGUGCAGUACUACAACAUUAAAAAACAGAACGCCGAGAUGCAGCUUAUGGUCGCAAAGGACGAGGCAGAAAAGAUAAAGAAGAAGAGGAACUCUGUGUUUGGUACCCUUCAUGUUGCACACAGCUCAUCGCUGGAUGAAGUAGACCACAAAAUACUUGAGGCUAAAAAAUCUCUGUCAGAGGUUACAGCUUGUUUGCGGGAACGUCUCCACCGCUGGCAGCAAAUAGAGAAAUUAUGUGGCUUUCCAGUGGUUAAUAACUCUGGGCUGCCCAGCCUCACUGCUUCACUGUACGCCGAUCACAGCUGGGUGGUCAUGCCGCGGAUGUCGGUGCCACCCUACCCAAUCGCUGGCGGGGUGGACGAUCUUGACGAGGACACACCACCAAUCAUUCCACAGUUCACUUCUCCUUUGAUUCGUCCUCCUCUGGCCCGCAACAGCAGUGUUUGUCGUUCUCGCAGAAGUCUUCUGUCUCAGCCUUCGAACCUCUCUGCUGACCCUGACCUGUUGUCCAUGGCCUCGGCCCCCCUGGCGUACAGACCCGAGGGAGACGAUGACCACAUCUUCUUCACUGUAGAAAGGAAGGGGGACCCCCAGGACACAUGCUCAGAUUCAGACUCUCUUAGUUCCUCUUUGGGCAGGAAGCAGUUCUCCGGUCAAAGUACAUGUGUUACGGGCACGGAUACCCCACCACGUAAAAUCUCUCGUGAGGAACUUCUUCUCCUGGCGCAAGAGGCCCAGGCUGCAGCCAUGGAGACCUUACCUCCCUCCACAUCCUCCCCUUCAUCUCUUGACUCCUCCUCAGUUCACAAGGGCUCUCCUGACCUUACCCGCCCUUCCACCCUUCCAGAAUCUCAAAGUUUAACCUUUCACCCUGGAACCAAAGCUGUGGCCUAUAAUGGCAUUCUAGAAAAGUCAUACAGCAUGGGGCAGCUGCCCGCUGGUGGGACGCCUCCAGAGGGACAUUACCCCUCGAUUAGCUCACUCGACAUAGAAAGCAAAGCUAUCAAGGAGCCCAAGCAACUCCAAACCACCUCCUCCCAGGACUCUUGUGAUAACGGAGAGAAAAAACGCUCCAAGAUCAAGAGCUUGUUCAAGAAAAGCAAAAAGCUGUGAGGAACAGUAGAGAAGAGGAUGAAAUGGAGAGAAAAAGAAGCCUUAAAACAAAAUAAAUGAGGGUGAUGCUGUCAACCAGAAGCCAAAACAUUUUUCAGUUUCUUUGUCCUUUUUUAAUUUAAAUGGAAUGUAGCUCCAUCUGGGUAUAGUCCUGGGUUGGAAGCCUUUUUAUGGUGAUGUUUUUUUAGCCUCACACAUACGCCUUUGAAGGCCAGAAAAUGUCAUGUUAGCAUUUUGCAGAACAUGGCCUCUUCACAGUCUUCUGUUAGGUUUUUGUUUUCUAUAAAGUGCACCCUAAUUAUGUCACCAGGAAGGGGUCAGGAAGUACACCAAAACAGUCCAACAUUAUCCAAAUCUCUUUGAAGUUCCUAGAAUAAUUAGUUUUAAAUGUAUGGUGAUCCACAAGUGAUAAUUCUGUCAUUAUUUACUUUCCCCCAUGCCCUUCCCAACCUGUAUGCUGUUUUUAAUGUGGAACACAAAAUAAUAUAUAUAUAUAUAUAUUUUUUUUUUGAAGAACCGUUACAUAGCUCUUGUCAUACAACCAAGGUUCAUAGUGACCAAGGGCUGGUAAACUCAAAAAAAGAAAAGCACCAAAAUCAAGCAGUUUAUACAACUCAUGUGCUAUAUUCCAAUUAUUCUGUCCAUCCGUAUUUUGUUUUUUUUACUGUUAGCCAAUUUACAAAUGCUUCAGAUGGAUGUUUUUGACUGUUGUGGCAUCUCACUGUCUUUUUCUACUUCACCCCAGCAAAAUCUAAAUUUAAGGCGUUAUAAUUUGAAAAAUCUGCAGGUAGGUAGAUCUCCAGGAACAUGAUUGGGCAGCCCUGGCUUGAACCCUGCUUCUCCGCAAUUGACUACAAGCUCACAUUCAGAUCUGACUCCAUUUUAAAUGCAAUACUCAGAUCUCAAAAUCCAAUCAUCAACUGAUGGACAGAACCAAGUCUCUACCCUACAUUUUUCUUUUUUGAUAAUCCAUUACACUCUGAUGUCCUACAUCACAAUAUGGAAGAAAAUAUCUGUCGCUAUUUCUGUUUCAGUGCGGCAUUAAAAAUGGCAUGCUGUGUUUGGUUACUACAGCUGAUCUGGACUGAGUGCAGAUAAUGAGUGAAAAAUAACUUAAAUUUUAAGCUGUUUUCCACACAAACCUAUCAUAUGGCUUUAGAAGACUCUUAAUAUACUGCACAAGUCAUAUGGACAACUUUUAUAGUCCUCUAUUUGUUUUUGUUUUUUUGUGCUUAAAGGGUUAGUUCACCCAAAAAUUAAAUUCCUGUCAUUAAUUACUCACCCUCAUGUUGUUCCAAACCUGUAAGACCUUCGUUCAU